CCCAUGUUAGGUAACACCCAAACCAGAGACGGAAACUAGUUCUGAAGGGAGAUCAGAGAAUAUAACCCCAGCCAAAAAACAUACAAGAAAGGACUUGAACCUGGAUAAAUAUGAGGCAGCUUAUAGUUUUUUUAGUCAAAGUGGAUUUCAUUGAUCAUGUGGAUUCUCUUCCACAUACUUUGGAGUUUGUUUUUCUACCUUUUGGCACUGCAAAGGUGUGAGUGAGAGAAGUGGGACGGCCAGGGCGGAGGGAGGAGCUGUAGGGCUCUUCAUGUGGACUACAGCUCUGUUCAUAUGGUAAAUAGACGGUCACAUGGGGCAAUAGUCUUGAGGCAGUGGGGGGAAAAGAGAGGGAAAGGAACAAGGAGAGACAGAGAGAGAGAGAGAGAUACAGGAGGACUUUGGCCUGCCCCAUGUGCAGGAGGCGGCACUUUCACCCUGAGGGUACUGGAUCACAUUACAGAGAGAAAAGGAAACAACAGACUGGAAGUGAGUGCCAUGUUGUGGUCAAGCUAAAUCUUAAACUAUUCCACCAGGACCCUGAUAUGGCUCUAUCCUCUACUUCUUCCAUUUGACUCAAUUCAGAUACCUUUUUCCUCCUCUCUGUAGGAGUAAAUGUUCAACAGCUUUUAACAGCCUCCCUGGGCAGUUGCCUCUUGAGACCUUGUCUUAAUAUCUGACGGGAGAGUAAAACGCCAAGAUGCCCAUUAAUUUCACUGUAGUGCCAGUGGAGGAUGCAGCGGCCGGCAGCAACAUCGCAGCAGCCGCUGUCAGUCUGGACAAGAUCUUUCAGGAGGAAGACAAUGAGGACAACUUACAAGGAGAUGACAACCAGAGAGAAUCCAGUCCAUUCAUCAGUUCAGACAACGAUGGAGAAACCUAUUAUGACGGCAAGAACAUGGCCCUGUUUGAGGAGGAAAUGGACAGUAACCCGAUGGUGUCGUCUCUGCUCAGCAAGCUGGCCAUCUACACCAACCUGACCCAGGGUGUUCGAGAGCAUGAGGAGGCAGAGAACGAGGAUGGGGUCAGGAGGGUGACUGUCGUGGUCCCCCAAAUGGGAACCUUCAUCGGAGUUUACCUGCCCUGCAUGCAGAACAUCCUGGGUGUCAUUCUCUUUCUGCGUCUAACCUGGAUCGUUGGGACAGCGGGAAUCCUGGGCUCCUUCGCCAUCGUCUCCAUGUGCUGCAUCUGUACAUUGCUCACAGCCAUAUCAAUGAGUGCCAUAGCAACCAAUGGAGUUGUCCCAGCUGGUGGCUCGUACUACAUGAUCUCCAGAUCUUUGGGUCCUGAGUUUGGAGGAGCAGUGGGACUCUGUUUCUAUCUGGGCACCACCUUCGCUGGAUCCAUGUACAUACUGGGCACCAUAGAGAUUCUGCUGACGUACAUCAUUCCAACAGCAACAGUAUUUAAAGAAGGGGAAGACGCAGCAAUGCUCAAUAACAUGCGUGUGUACGGCACAUGCUGCUUGGUCCUAAUGGCACUGGUUGUGUUUGUAGGAGUGAAGUAUGUGAACAAACUGGCUCUGGUGUUUUUGGCGUGUGUGAUUCUCUCCAUCAUGGCCACUUAUGCAGGAGUCAUCAAGACGCUCAUCGAACCACCUGAGUUUAGUGUGUGUUUGCUGGGGAACCGCUCAUUGAAGAACGAACACUUUGAAACGUGUGCAAAGACAGAGCUUGUGAAAAACAUGACUGUGAACACCAAGCUCUGGCCGCUCUUCUGUGACAGCGAAUACCCCAAUGCCACCUGUGACGAAUACUUCAUGUUGAACAACCUGACAGAAAUACAGGCCAUACCCGGGCUUCUGAGCGGAGUCAUCAAAGACAACCUGUGGGGGAACUAUGGUCCAGCUGGUAUGUACGCAGAGAAGAAAACCCAGCCUUCAGUACCGGCCCAGGAUUCAUCUACCAACAUCUCCAAGCAUUAUAUCUUCAACGACUUCUCCACUUACUUCACUCUGCUGGUGGGGAUAUACUUCCCCUCUGUCACAGGUAUAAUGGCUGGUUCUAAUAGGUCUGGUGAUCUCAGAGAUGCCCAGAGGUCGAUCCCAAUAGGAACAAUAAUGGCGAUUCUCACCACCUCUUUCAUCUACAUCUCCUGUGUGGUCUUGUUUGGAGCCUGUAUUGAAGGAGUGGUACUGAGAGACAAGUUUGGUUACUCUGUAAAGAAGAACCCAGUGAUUGGUAUUCUGGCCUGGCCUUCACCCUGGGUGAUUGUGAUUGGCUCCUUUUUCUCCUGCUGUGGAGCAGGACUUCAGAGCCUCACCGGCGCCCCCCGGCUGUUGCAGGCCAUCGCUCGGGACGGCAUCAUCCCAUUCUUGCAGGUCUUUGGUCAUGGGAAGGCCAACGGCGAGCCGACCUGGGCUCUGUUGCUGACAGUGGGGAUCUGUGAGAUAGGAAUCCUCAUCGCUUCUCUGGAUGCUGUUGCCCCCAUCCUCUCCAUGUUCUUCCUCAUGUGUUAUCUGUUUGUCAACCUGGCCUGUGCUGUACAGACAUUGCUCCGCACACCCAACUGGAGACCUCGAUUCAAGUUCUAUCACUGGACCCUGUCCUUCUUAGGGAUGAUCCUGUGUCUCUCCCUUAUGUUCCUGUCCUCCUGGUACUAUGCCCUGGUUGCCAUCGUGAUAGCGGGAUGUAUCUACAAGUACAUUGAGUACAGAGGGGCGGUGAAGGAGUGGGGAGAUGGUAUCCGAGGCCUGUCCUUAAACGCAGCACGCUACGCUCUCAUCCGACUGGAGGAAGUGCCACUACACACCAAAAACUGGAGGCCUCAGCUCAUGGUGUUGUGUAAGCUGGACUCAGACAUGGCGGUCAAACACCCCCGGCUCCUGUCCUUCACCACGCAGCUCAAAGCUGGGAAGGGACUGACCAUCGUCUGCUCAGUCCUGGAGGGAACUUACAUGACGCGGAGCAACCAGGCCAAGUUGGGAGAACAGAACUUAAAAGCCGCCAUGGCUGCAGAGCGAACAAAGGGUUUUUCCCAUGUGGUGGUUUCGUCCAACCUGCGAGAUGGUUUCUCCCUCCUCAUCCAGUCAGCAGGACUGGGAGGAAUGAAACACAAUGCCGUCCUGAUGGCCUGGCCAGUGGGCUGGAAACAGGCCCAGGAUUCCUCUGCGAGGAGGAAUUUUAUAGAAACCGUAAGAGAGACGACAGCAGCACAUCAAGCUCUGCUGGUCGCUAAGAACAUCGACCACUUCCCUAGUAACCAGGAGCGUCUGAAGCAGGGAACCAUUGACGUGUGGUGGAUCGUACAUGAUGGUGGACUGCUCAUGCUGCUGCCAUUUUUACUGAGUCAACACAAGGUAUGGAGGAAGAGCAAAAUGAGGAUCUUCACGGUAGCUCAGAUGGACGACAACUCCAUCCAGAUGAAGAAAGAUCUCCAGAUGUUUGUCUAUCAUCUGCGACUGGACGCAGUGGUGGAGGUGGUGGAAAUGCAUGAGAGCGAUAUCUCAGCCUUCACCUACGAGAAGACGCUGGUGAUGGAGCAGAGAUCUCAGAUGCUCAAGCAGAUGCAGCUGUCUCGCACUGAGAGGGAGAGAGAGGCCCAGCUGAUCCACGACCGCAACACGGCCUCUCACUCUGCAAUGACCGACAAAGCUGCAGGUGCCACACCAGAUCGUGUUCACAUGACCUGGACCAAAGAAAAACUGGUCAACGAGAGGAACAGACAGAGAGAAAACAUGGCGGUCAAAGACUUGUUUAAUAUGAAACCUGAGUGGGAGCACCUCAACCAGUCCAAUGUGCGGAGGAUGCACACUGCGGUGAAGCUCAAUGAGGCGGUCGUCAAGAAAUCCCAAAAUUCACAGCUGGUUUUGCUCAACAUGCCAGGCCCACCGAAGAACAUGAAAGGGGACGAGAACUAUAUGGAGUUUCUGGAGGUUCUGAUGGAAGGUUUAGAUCGCGUCCUGUUGGUUCGUGGAGGAGGUAGUGAGGUCAUUACCAUCUACUCGUAGCACCAACAAUUCCGACCUGUUGAAAAGGACACUGGAGAAAACAUGGUUAGACAGUGGGAACACAGAGGUCAGGAGGCGUUUAACAAAGGAGGGCCUGGCUUCAAGCUGGGACAUGGACAAAGAUGUGUGGCAGAGGACAAACAGUACAAACCCGCUCACACUGUCAGGAGAGAAGAAGCAUGUCAAGAAUGUCAAAUUCUGGAGGACUGUGUGAAGGACUAGGGAGUCUUCUUACGACACAGCCUGGGCUCAGUGCGUCGUCUCAGGGCACAGAGGGCGCUCCGCAACCUGUCCUCCUGGGACUUCGUAACACCUCAAGAUGUCCACAGUGUCAGAUGACGUCUGUGAGGUUGUCCUUCGGAGAGAUGUUCUUUCCUCUCAAAGAGACGGCAGCAACUUGUUAUAUUUCUUCACCAGGCACCUCUCUAGGAGAGAACAACUCCUGACUACAACUUGUUGUUAUGUUUUAGCAUUUUGUAGCGUUUUGUGGCUCCCAGAUUAUCCAAUUGGUUUCAAUGAGCAAUGCUGAAAUUGUUGAGAAUGUCUACAUUUCAGUGUCUUUGAGGAAAAUGUUCAGAUGACCGACAUUGGAAUGAAACGAUGAGUUGAACACGUUUUUUGUCAUAAUAUUUUACAGAAUAUCAUGUUUAACUCAUGCCACUGCAAAGGACAUUGGAACAAAACCAUCAACAAUGAGGACAGUUUCAGGGUAAAUGUCGCAGCAUUGAUCAAUAGGAAUCAAUAGUGAUGAUUGUUUAAAACACUGCUCACUUGUUUUAAUGUGAGUGAUAACAUUAAUGUAUAUUGUGUUGCUUCAUACAUUUGUAUGUCCCUGUAAAUGAGCUCAUCAUUAAAUGUAAAGGGAUCAGAUGCCAGAACAGAACAGAGAUUGGCAGGCACCUACAUGUUUUAACAGUAAUCAUGUGGGAGAUGCUGACACAGUGAUUUGUGACGAUGAAUCCAAAGUCAAAUUCUUCCAGAGAGACUGAAAUCCACAUUCAGGCUGAUCCGUCACUCCUUGUCAGUGUGAAAGCAAAUUCACUCAAAGAUGUUUUCUGAAGUUUAGGAAAGGAGGUAUACUGCUUGAUGUUGAUUGUCUUCUUGUUUAAGCUUUCAUUAACACCGGUAUAACAACA